UGAUGGGAGUUGGCGAUGCAGUCAAACAAACCCACUUUACGUCAGGAAGGGAAGCCGGUGUAUUUCCUCCCCCCCUCCUUUUUUAUCUGCAGCCAGGGUCCAAAUAAGCAUCGGCAGCACAGUGCCCGAGGCUCGGACACCUUUCCCACUGGCCACUGCACAGUUUCUGAGUCCGAGGGUGAAUUCAGAGGGGUCCACGGCAGCAGAAUCACCAUGAAGACCACCAGGGUUCUUGUGCUCCUUCUCCUCGUGUCUGUCCACGUCGUCCGAACAGAUUCAUCAGAGCAAGUUGCAGGACUGCCAGUGCUGAACAACAAAACAGAUUCGACAGCUCAAUCAGGCGUCGCACAAAACAGCACUCAAGCACAGCCGACACAAUCUCCAGUGACAAACCUCACAGAACACCUUAAUACUACAGCGCCGAUCACCAUGGAGCUAACUUCUUCUGCAGCUGCAGUCACAGUCACCAAAGCGAUGACCACUGCACCCUCGACUGUUUCCCACACGCAGAAUCAAACUUUGAGUAAUGGCUCUCUUGAUCGGAAGUCUUCUCAAACUCUAAACCUGACCACCACCUCAAAGCCUAUGAUGGUCACUCAACCCCACCCAGUUCCGAAAAAUGACACCGUGGUCCCGAGAUCUUUUCAAACUCCAAAACCAAGCGCACACUCUGAGACCAAGAAAAAUGAAACUUCGGCUGAUCAAGGACAUAUCGCACAAUCAAAUCCAGACAAAGGCCCCAGUACUCCUGCCCCAGGGGAGACUGAGACCAAGAAAGAAAAUAAUGACAAGAAAGGUGCUGGUUCUCAGACAGGGAGUGAUGAGACAGAGCCGCCCAAAUCAGACAAAAGGCUGUGGUGGAUUCUGCUGCCCGUCUUCCUGGUCGGAGCUGCCGCCGCCAUCAUCCUCAGGUUCAGAAGCAAGAAGAUCAACAGCAACUCAGAAACUAUUGACACUGGCACUGAGAACGCAUCUUUCCAGAGCAGACCCGAGAGCUCCAAAGAUGGGGUCAUGCUCCUCGGGGUGAAGUCAUCAGGCGGGGACGAAAACGCUGCUGCAAGAUAAAAAAAAAAGCUGGAGGGUGGAAACAUGAAGAUCAGCCAGAGGAUGAGUCACAUCUGUCACCCACGUACUGAUCUGGUGGAGGAGCAGCUUAGGUGUUUUUAUUUUAAUUUGUGAACGUUGAGUUGAGUGGAGCGGAGACGUGUGGAGCAGUGGUCUUCAUGUAUGAUUCUGUAUGCUGACAGUAGUUUGAUGGAGCAGAGAGCGUGACUGUGAUGAUGAAGCUCAGAGUAGGUGAACUUAUUCCUCAACCAGUGAGGACGUAAAACUGCUUAUCUCUCUGAAAUGCCGGUGCAGGCUACAUUCUCAGUAUACUGUUGACACAAGCCUGCAAAAACACAGCUGCAUCGCUCGUUUCUGUCCAAAACAUGUUUCCUGUACAGUGCACUGACCUCAGAUCUGUCACAUAUUUGAUGUAAUGAGUGUCUGUUUCAUAGUUUUAGAAUUAUCGGUCAGUUUUGUUAAUACCCAUCAUAUAUUGAGCUGUUGUAUAGAUGUGUGUGUGUGUGUGUGUGUGUGUGUGUGUGUGUGUGUGUGUGU